UUUGGGGAUAAACAAGAUUUUUGCGUCUUCGCAUCUGGAUUUAUAUUUAACAAAGUAUAAAUAAUUUCGAAACCAAAUUGUUAGUGAAUUAGCGUAGCUUAUAAUGUAAAGUGCAAUGAUUAUUGAAAAUUUCAACAGUGGCAAUUUCACUUAGCUUUAAUAUCGUUCGGUAUGUAUCGAGAGUGAGCGCGGCGAUGCUGCCGCUCCGUCUGCGGCGCGUGACCGGCCACGACGGUCGCGCUAACGACAUCCUCUUCGUUCCAGCCGUGAGACCGCCGCUCGAACCGCAAACGCUUGUGUUCUUCGGAGGAGAUGUGCAGGACUAUCCAGAAGUGAUGCAAGCGCAUCGCGACAACAGAAACUACGUAAAAUGGAACCUGGAGCAUACAGCACGUCUACUUGCUAACAACUACCCCACCAAGCACAUACUGGUUGUGCGACCAGCCAGGAUAGAGUUCAAGAGUUUCAGUUGCUAUGACAACUUCGUGCCCAGCAACAACGCGGGAGUACCCGACCACACGCCGACGCACAACGCACUGCACCAUCUGGAGAGAUUACUCCAAAACGUCACGAAUAGAUUGAAAUCUUUUCCGACGCCGGAACUAUUGGAAGCGGUGACUUCGGUGGUGAUACCGGAAGAAAUCGACAUUGAGGAGUUACAUAGAGUGCGGCGAGCACCGCGCGGGUCCGCAGCGAGCGAAGAUAUCGAUCCGCUGUGGUGGCGGGAGAAGUUGGCGCUGGAUGAAAGCAGUCUCACGCUGGUUGGGUUCAGCAAGGGUUGUGUCGUCCUCAACCAAAUCAUCUACGAGUUCCAUUACACGAAGACCUUGACGCCGGGCGAUGCGCACAUGAUGAAGUUCAUGGGUCGCGUGGACAGCAUGUAUUGGCUGGACGGCGGACACGCGGGCGGGAAGAACACCUGGAUCACGUCGCGCAGCCUGCUGGAGACGCUCACCAGGCUCAACGUGAACGUGUUUAUUCACGUGAGCCCGUACCAGGUGCAAGACGAGAGCCGACCCUGGAUUGGGCGAGAAGAGAAAACAUUCACCAGUCUAUUGAAGAAACUGGGUGCUAAGGUCAGCAGGUAUCUUCACGAGCAACCGGGCACGCCUCACUCCCUGCACAUGCACUUUGAAGUGCUCGCCAAUUUCAAAAACGUUCAGGACACCGCGCCGAGCAACCUGCCCGACACGUCAGAUGAAGAUCCCUAAGUAACUGUGGCUAUAUCACUAUUGUAGUCCAUGGAACAGUGAGUAUAGUGGAAAGUAAUAUUAUAUAUCCAUAUAAUAGUAUUAUGUACCUUUCAAUAAUUACGAAAACAGAUCUUGCAUAUGUGUUUUAAAAUUUUAUUUGUAUGUAAACUGAGAAAAAUAAGAGAUAUUUCUAAGAAACUGGUCCACACUUCUGGUGACCCAAGAGCUUAUUUAGCCCGAAGGCUGAGUCUAGCGGUGCAGAGAGGCAAUAGUACCAGCGUCUUGGGUACAAUGCCACAGGACAAUCUUUUAGACGGCGUGUUUUUGCAUUAAAUUUGUAAUGUGUAUUUUGUUCUUUUUAUUUUAAUUUUGUAUUUUAUAAAAAUGUAUGUAAAUUAUAAAUUAAAAAUUAAAAUGGGUUUUUCAAAUUUUGAUUUACAAAUAAAUUAAAUAAAACUGACCGUUUUAUUAUAACUUAUAGUCUGUGCCGUGUUGUACUCACUGUUCUAUAAUUAAAAUAAUAUUGAAUACAAGAUCUUUGCAUAAAAAAAAUUUCUAAUGUGAAACUUUUUAAUCAACAGAUGUGGCUUUAGAAUUAAUAUUCAAUCAGAUUAUCUUAUAAAUAUAUAUCAGAGAUAUAUUAAUUAGUUAAAAAAAUUGUGUUUAGAUACAAAGACAAAUUAUAUUGUAGCCAGUGAGAUUUAACAAAAUUUCUAAUGACUAAGUAUUAUUAAAAGUUUUAGUUAGUAUAUAGAUGUAUAUUGAAAUCUACGAUGGAUUAGCCAUGAUUUUUAUUUUUACAAUUGUAUAAUGUUUUAAAAAAGCUCAAUACAUAGUUUUUGAUGUUAAAAACUCUUGAGACGAAAAGGAGAUAAUAAAGUAUGGGAAUUUUUAAAAAAUAUUUUUACUUGAAAAUUUUAUGACUUUCGACAGAUUUAUUAUGUAUUUAUCAUUUAAAAAAUGCCAUAUAGAUAAUGUUUUUCUAAUUUGCCGAUUCGUAAAUUGUACAAAUUUUAAUUACUCUCAAAUGUUCUAAUAUUAAUAUUUUCUAGUUUACUCUACAUGAAACUACUAACUACUUUUAUUGAUGGUUGUAUUUGUGUGAUCUUAGUCUUAACUAAAUAAUUUAUAUUUUACUGUAAUAAAUACUUAACAUGGUUAUUUUUAAUUAAUAAAGUUAUUAUGAUAUAUCUUUUUAAUCACAAAAAUAAAAUCACUCGAAACUUACUAUAUAUAUAUAUAUUUAUCGAAAGAUUCGUGUAACAAGAGUAACUUUUUAGUAAAUAAUAUUUUUGAAAUGACAUAUUUUAACUUAUUCGUGUACAUUCCAUUUUAUUUUAACUUGUACAAAACGUUAAUAAAUCUACACGAAUAUGAAAAGCCUUUAAAAAAAAUAUAAUAUCUGAUGAUUCUAGUUUUACUAAGAAACUAUUAAUUGUUGUAUAUAUAUAAAAGGAAUAUAAUAUUGUAUGAAGUACUCAUUUUAUUCUUUAAGCCACACCUUUGAAUUGGUUUUAUUUAGAUUUUGUACAACUUCUAACGAGAUGGACUAAUGACAUUACCCUAUAUAAUGAUCAUUAAUUAGAUUCAAACAAUGGACAAAUUGAUAUGUGUAGUAAUGUAUAUACAUAAGUACAAGUAGUUGUAUUGUGAGGCAGAGGUAAUAAGGUAGGGCCGGCGAGGCCCUAGGCCUCGUCUAGUGCAGAACAUUCUUCCCGACUGUACUGGCCGUCGUCGCGUUUGGACUCUACUACCACUUACCAUCAGGUGGAGUAGAGGCAUUUGCCCUCCCGGCAAAUAUAAAAAAAAUAUAUAUUAGAUUUGCUGGCCAGCAGUAAACGGCUUAAAUUUUAUUUUUAAUAGAGGGCUUUAUAAUAAAAUAUUUGAUGUAUACCGGCAUCAUAUUUAUGUAAAUAAGUCUACAUAAAGUUUCGAUGAUCGUGUACAAAAUUUCAGUGUAUCAGUAUUUAUAGUCUGUAUGUAAUAAGAAACAAAUAUUCUAUUUAAACAAACUAAAUAUUCGAAAAUUAAAUCCUAUUUUCAAUGUAA